AUGAGAACCGAGGAGGCUUUACACAGCUCCGUGUUGUGGUGCGCUGGCGAUGCGUUCAGGAAGCACUAUGAAAAACGGACAGGCUUCUUUGAAUUCAAUCGCAUGCCACAGGGUGUCACAAAUGCUCCCAGCACCUUCCAACGCCUCAUGGAGAAGUGUGUUGGUGACCUGCACUUAAAUGAGGUACUUGUGUUUCUGGAUGAUUUAAUUGUGUUCUCCGAUACAUUGGAAGAGCACGAAGCACGGCUCAUGAAAGUGCUGAACCGUCUAAAGGACUAUGGCUUAAAACUGUCUCCAGAAAAGUGCAAUUUCUUCAAGUCCUCAGUUAAAUACCUUGGUCAUGUGGUCGAUGCUCAAGGAGUCCACACUGACCCUGACAAGGUGUCUGCCUUGAGAGACUGGCCUCGCCCUUCAACCAGGAAGAAGUUGAAGUGUUUUUUAGGCUUUGCUGGGUACUAUCGACGCUUCCUCAAAGGGUAUUCCCAGAUAGCCAAACCUCUGAACAACCUGACAGCAGGCUACUAUCAAGCAAAGAAAAGGGGCAAAGCAUAUAAGAGAGACCACCCCAAAUCUCUUUUCAGCUCUGAUGCACUCUUCAGGGAGGAAUGGACACCUGAAUUUGUUGGUCGUGAACUCUCAAAGACUCACUAUGAAGCCAUUGCGUCCGCUCUGAAGUCCGACCCCUCCCAUCUGACAGAACUGAACCUGAGUCAGAGCCGCCUGAAGUAUUCAGGAGUGAAGAUUCUGUGUGAUGGACUGAAAAGUCCAAACUGUAGACUGGAGACUCUGAGUUUGCAGAGCUGCAGUUUGUCAGGGAUCAGCUGUUCUUCUCUGGUCUCAGCUCUGAAGUCCAACCCCUCCCAUCUGGAACAUCUGGACCUGAGAUUCAACUACGAGCUACAGGAUUCAGAUGUGAAGCAGCUGUUUGAUCUGGUGGAGAAUCCAGACUACAACCUGCAGACUCUCAGAAUUCAGCUUCAAACACGUGACGAUGUGACGUCUGAGGACCAGGAUGACUCCAGUAUUGACAGCUAUCUUGUAAAAAUGUGGUUGAAGGACACUUUGGAGGAUUUGGACUCCAGUGAGCUGAAGGAAUUCCACUGGUACCUGGUGAAUGCAGAUCAAUCAAAGCAUGGUUUCAACCCGAUCCCAGUGAGUCAUCUGGAGCAUGCGGACAUAUUGGACACAGUAAAUCUGAUGAUGGAGAGGUUCUCCUCAAAGGCCAGAGCGGUGGCCAAGACGAUUUUAAAGGAGAUGAAAAGAGAUAAAGGUACGUUAGUUGAAGUUUGUAAAAAGUUGAAGUCUAAGCUGAAGAAGAAGCACCAGCAUGUGUCUGAGGGGAUGGUUAAAGCAGGAAAGAAAACCCUUCUGGAGCAGAUCUACACGGAGCUCUACAUCACAGAGGGAGGGACCGGAGAGGUCAACAAAGAACAUGAAGUCAGACAGAUUGAAGCAGCUUCCAGGAAACCAGACGGAGCAGAAACAACCGUCAGACAGGAAGACAUCUUUAAACCCCCACCUGGAAGAGAUGAACGAAUCAGAACAGUGAUGACGAAGGGAGUGGCCGGCAUCGGGAAAACAGUCCUAACACAGAAGUUCAGUCUGGACUGGGCUGAAGGCAGAACCAACCAGGACAUCCAGUUCCUGCUUCCAUUCACCUUCAGACAGCUGAAUAGGCUGAAAGAGAGAAAGUUCAGCUUGGUGGAACUUGUUCAUCGCUUCUUCUCUGAAACCAGAGAAAUCUGCAACUUUGAAGAUUUCCAGGUUGUGUUCAUCUUUGACGGUCUGGAUGAGAGUCGACUUCCUCUGGACUUCCACAACAAUGAGGACCUGACUGAUGUUACAGAGUCCACCUCAGUGGACGUGCUGCUGACAAACCUCAUCAGGGGGAACCUGCUUCCUUCUGCUCGGCUCUGGAUCACCACACGACCCGCAGCAGCCAAUCAGAUCCCUCAUGAUUAUGUCUCCAUGGUGACGGAGGUCAGAGGGUUCACUGACCCACAGAAGGACGAAUACUUCAGGAAGAGGUUCAGAGAUAAGAAACAGACCAGCAGGAUCAUCUCCCACAUCAAGACAUCACAGACCCUCCACAUCAUGUGCCACAUCCCAGUCUUCUGCUGGAUCACUGCUACGGUCGUGAAGGAAGUCCUGAAAACCAGAGAGGGAGGGGAGCUGCCCAAGACCCUGACUGAGAUGUACAUCCGCUUCCUGGUGGUCCAGGCCAAACUGAAGAAGGUCAAGUAUGACAGAGGAGCUGGGACGGAUCCACACUGGAGUCCAGACAGCAGGAAGAUGGUGGAGUCUCUGGGAAAACUGGCUUUUGAGCAGCUGCAGAAAGGAAACCUGAUCUUCUAUGAACCAGACCUGAGAGAGUGUGGCAUCGAUGUCAGAGAGGCUUCAGUGUACUCAGGAGUGUUCACCCAGAUCUUUAGAGAUGAGAGCAACCUGUACCAGGACCAGGUCUUCUGCUUCAUCCAUCCGAGUGUUCAGGAGUUUCUGGCUGCUCUUCAUGUCCGUCUGACCUUCAUCAAGUCUGGAGUCAACCUGCUGGAGGAACAGAGAAACACAGAGACUGACCUCUAUCAGAGUGCUGUGGACAAGGCCUUACGGAGUCAAAACGGACACCUGGACUUGUUCCUGCGCUUCCUCCUGGGUCUUUCACUGGAGACCAAUCAGACUCUCCUACGAGGUCUGCUGGAACCAAAACAAAGAAGUUCACAGAACAAACAGGAAACAGUUGAAUACAUCAAGAUGAAGAUCAGUGGGGAUCUGUCUGCAGAGAGAAGCAUCAACCUGUUCCACUGUCUGAAUGAACUGAACGAUGGUUCUCUGGUGGAGGAGGUCCAACGGUACCUGGGGUCUGGACGUCUAUCCACAGAUGAACUGUUUCCUGCUCAGUGGUCGGCUCUGGCCUUCGUCUUACUGUCAUCAGAAGAAGAUCUGGAGGUGUUUGACCUGAAGAAGUUCUCAGGUUCAGAGGAGGCUCUACGGAGGCUGCUGCCGGUGGUCAAAGCCUCCAAGAAAGUUGUACUGAGUGGCUGUAACCUCUCAGAGGACAUCUGUCCACUUCUGUCCUCAGUUCUCAGCUCUCAGUCCUCCAGUCUGACAGAACUGGACCUGAGCAACAACCACCUGCAGGAUUCUGGACUGGAGCAGCUGUGUCCUGGACUGGAGAAUCCACACUGUCACCUGGAGUCUCUCAGGUUGGAGAGCUGCAGGUUGUCAGAGACCAGCUGUUCUUCUCUGGUCUCAGCUCUGAAGUCCAACCCCUCCCAUCUGAAACUUCUGGACCUCCGAUUCAACAACCUGCAGGAUUCAGGAGUGAAGGUUCUGUGUGAUGGACUGAAGAGUCCAAACUGUAGACUGGAGACUCUGAGAUUGGUGGAUUGCAGUUUGUCAGAGAACAGCUGUUCUUCUCUGGUCUCAGCUCUGAAGUCCAACCCCUCCCAUCUGAAACAUCUGGACCUGAGUGGGAACAAGAACCUGCAGGAUUCAGGAGUGGAACAUCUGUAUGGAUUUCUGGAGAGUCCAGACUGCAGACUGGAGACUCUGGGAUUGGUGAACUGCAGUUUGUCGGCGACCAGGUGUUCUUCUCUGGUCUCAGCUCUGAAGUCUGACCCCUCCCAUCGGAAACAUCUGGACCUGAGUGGGAAUCACCUGCAGGAUUCAGAUGUGAAACAUCUGUGUAGGUUUCUGGAGAGUCCAGACUGCAGACUGGAGACUCUGAGAUUGGUGGAUUGCAGUUUGUCAGAGAACAGCUGUUCUUCUCUGGUCUCAGCUCUGAAGUCCAACCCCUCCCAUCUGAAACAUCUGGACCUGAGUGGGAACAAGAACCUGCAGGAUUCAGGAGUGAAACAUCUGUAUGGAUUUCUGGAGAGUCCAGACUGCAGACUGGAGACUCUGGGAUUGAAGAACUGCAGUUUGUCGGCGACCAGGUGUUCUUCUCUGGUCUCAGCUCUGAAGUCCAACCCCUCCCAUCUGAAACAUCUGGACCUGAGUGGGAACACGAACCUGCAGGAUUCAGGAGUGGAACGUCUGUGGGGAUUUCUGGAGAGUCCAGACUGCAGACUGGAGACUCUGAGAUUGAGGAGCUGCAGUUUGUCAGAGAUCAGCUGUUCUUCUCUGGUCUCAGCUCUGAAGUCCAACCCCUCCCAUCUGAAACAUCUGGACCUGAGCAAGAACCAGAACCUGCAGGAUUCAGGAGUGAAACAUCUGAGUGGAUUUCUGACGGCAUCUGAGGGCAUUGAGGGCGGGGUAGAUGUCCUGGGGAACGAGGGGCUGUCGGAACCGGUGGAUGAGCCAUCUGGGAGCGGGGUCAGACCAGCACCACCAACCUCCCUGACCCCAAGUACCGAGUCCGAGGAAUACGUCGCCCUACACCCACUCCCGCCUGUCCCCGAGCUCCAACCUGCACCAGCAAGAACCGGCGUCCGCAUGCGGGGUGGCCGCACACAGCGGCCUGCUAUCAGCACCUGCACCUGCAGCGAGACGCUGGUGGACCUGGAGAGGGAGAAGCUCGGAGUGCUGCGGCGUAUAGAAGAGGGCGACGAAUCAUGA